AUGGCUGGUGGUGACACCAUUGCUGGGGGUAACGAAAUGACUAAUGGUGGCGCAAUGGCUGGUGGUGCCAAUGCCAUGGCUCGUGGUGAUGCCAUGGAAGGUGAUGACACCAUAGCUGGUGAUGACUCCAUUGCUGGUGGGGACACAAUGGCUGGUGUUGACGUCAUGGGUAGUGAUGACGCCAUGGGUAGUGAUGACGCCAUGGAUAGUGAUGACGCCAUGGCAGGUGACAAUGCAAUGGCUGGUGGUGACGAUGCUAUUGCUGGAGGUGACAAAGCAAUGGCUGAUGGUGACGAUGCAAUGGCUGGUGGUGACGAUUCUAUGGAUGGUGGUGAUGAUGCCAUGGCUAGUGAUGCCGAUGACAUGGCUGGUAGUGACGCCAUGGCUGGUGAUGUUGCCAUGGCAAGUGGUGACGCCAUAGCUAGUGGUGACGCCCUUAAUGGGGAUGACGCCAUGGUAGGUGAUGCCAUCAUGGCUGUUGGCGACACAAUGGCUGGCGGUGACGCCACGGAUGGUGGUGACACAUUGACUGUUGGUGAUGAUGUCAUGGGUGGUUGUGACACCAUGGCUGGUGGUGACGGCAUGGCUGGUGAUGCCGCUAUGGCUUGUGGUGACGCCAUAACUGGUGGUGACGCAAUGGCUGGUGAUGACUCCAUUACUCUGGCAUGUACUAGUGAGACUCGCUGUUAG